AUGAUCGGCGUGCACGGUGUGGAGAUCGCGUUUUAUCGUGGAAAUCGUCGCGGCGAACGCACCAGGGGCUCUUUGGUGAUGUACGACAGCGCUAGCUGUUCGUACGCAGGUGCGCUCGAAUUAAAGGGAUCCUCCGGAGCCGGAGCCGCGGCCGCGGCGGCCGCAGGUGUAACCGCGGCCGGCGUCAAGCAGGAGAACUGGCCGUAUCGCGGGCUGACCUGCGGCAGCACCUUUCAGAGGCUCAAGGAAAGCGUCGACAAGGCGAAACAGGCCCUAGCCGAUCGCGGUGGAUACCUGUCCGGAGCAUUUUCACCGCCGCCGCGCGCCAAUCCAUCCGCCAUUUCGCCGACCGCCUCCAUCACAGAUGCCAGCAGCUCGUACAAAGGGGGCUGGAGCCACGCCACGUCGCCGGCUCCUGGACAGGGAUACGGAAGCAGCUUAUCGAAGUCAGCACUGGACACGCACACCCACCUCAGGCAGCCUGAUCCGUACCAAAUGUUCGGAGCGACGAGCAGUCGCCUCGCAAGCUCCGGUUCCGGUCAGAUUCAGCUUUGGCAGUUUUUGCUCGAGCUACUCUCGGACUCGAGCAACGCCGCGUGCAUCACGUGGGAGGGAACCAACGGCGAAUUCAAGUUGACUGACCCGGACGAGGUGGCGAGACGCUGGGGCGAAAGGAAAUCCAAGCCUAACAUGAAUUACGACAAAUUGUCCAGGGCUUUGAGGUACUAUUACGACAAGAACAUCAUGACGAAGGUGCACGGGAAAAGGUACGCGUACAAGUUCGACUUCCAGGGUCUGGCCGCGGCAACGCAGCCAGCGGCGGCGGACCCGGCCGCGUACAAAUACCAAAGCGAGCUGUUUAUGUCCGGUUACGGUCACGCGAAGCUGAAUCUAAUGCCGCCACCGGCCGCCUCGGUCUCGGUGUCCGUACCCGGUGGACUGUUCCAAUCGGCGUCCAGCUACUGGUCGACGAGUCCCGGCGCGAACCUGUACGCUGGCCACCACACGGCGUCCGGCCAUGUGCCGCCCCAUCUGGGCACCUAUCCGCAUUACGCAUGA